AUGGAGCUCCUCAACGAAGCAUCGGCCACGGACACCGAAGAGGAUGCCAAGUACAGCGCAUUUAACACAGAGCCCUUUGAGCGGAUUCGCAUGUGCGUCGGCAGCCCGGAGACAAACUGCGUGGUGCACCACUUCAUGAAGAAGUACGACAGCGCCAAGGCCCUUUUCAGUGCCGGGUACAUUCGAGACGAAUACCUGGACAAGGGAGGCAUUCUCAGCGCCUUCGGCCCUGCCGAAGGCAAGUACAAGGACUGCCCCAUGCAGAGGCCUGGAUUCAACAUCGAGUGCAAGGAUGGCAACAAAGCUCGUUGGGGCUUCUGCAACAACUGCCAAAGCCAACCCUGCCAGAACGAAGAUAGCGACGAUGCGGACGCCGCUAUCGGCAUUGGACUCGCGGGACAGCGUACAUCCACCGAGGUUGGAGCAGGUUGGACUGCGUACUUCGCCUCAGGGUCGUGCAGCCCUACCAGCACGACCUUCAAGCCCGUGUGGCUCUGGGUCUCCAGCCUUGCGAACUGGAAGCUUGUGCUGAAGGUUGGCAAGACAGCGAAGCUGGGAUUCUCCAGCCCACUCUGGACCAACACGGAGCUCCUCAACGAAGCAUCGUCUCCGGACACCGAGGAGGAUGCCAAGUACAGCGACUUUAACACGGAGCCCUUUGAGCGGAUUCGCAUGUGCGUCGGCAAACCGGAGACAAACUGCGUGGAGCACAUCUUCUCCAAAAAGUACGACAGCGCCAAGGCCCUCUUCAGCGCCGGGUACAUUCGAGACGCAAAGGUGGACAAGGAAGGCAUUCUCAGCGCCUUCGGCCCCGACAAAGGCUCGUACAAGGACUGCCCCAUGCAAAGGCCUGGAUUCAACAUCGAGUGCAAGGAUGGCAACAAAGCUCGUUGGGGCUUCUGCAACAACUGCCGAAGCCAACCCUGCCAGAAUGCAGAUACCGACGAUGCGGACGCCGCUAUCGGCAUCGGAAUCGCGGGACAGGCAACGGACACUGAGCUUGGAGCAGGCUGGACGAAGUACUUCACGUCUACGUCUCGUUCCUGCAAUGGUGGGAAGACCUUCAAGCCCGUGUGGCUGUGGGUGGACAGCCUUGCGGCAUGA